AUUUAUUUACCUACAUUUUUUACUGUUUUUAUUUUAAUUUUGAAAAAACCCGCUAAAUUCGUAAUGACAUCUGGUGAGAGUUUUCGCAGUCACCUGCAGUCACCUGCUGGCGAGCUGUCAAAAAAGCUUUUUUUUUAGGAACUUAAAUUACAAACAGAAUGGCACGUUAUUCUUCGGAUUCGGAUUCAGAUCGAAGUAGUAGACAUCGUCGAAAAAGUCACCGAAGAUCGAGAUCGAGUAGUUCGGAUUCAAGUGACAGUUCUUCGUAUAAAAGAAAAUCGUCGAAACAUUCAAAAACAAAACGAAGACACCGCUCGAGAACGAGAAGUAGAGAUCGAGAUAGAUCAUCUAAAAGUUAUAAAUAUUCACGAGACAGUUCUAGGGAUCGAGAGAGACGUAGACAAAAAUCUCGAAGAUCCAAAUCGCCAUCGUCUUCGAGUCAAAGAAAACAGAAAAGAUCUGUUUCAAGAGAAAAGUCUACAAGUAGAUCAAGUAGUUCACAGUCAAUUGUGAAGCCGACUUCUGAUAAAGUGCAAAAUAUAAAAGACGAUUUUUCAAUUAUUCCAACCAUUAAGGAAUCGAUUCUGGAAGAAAUCAAUAGCGAAGGAUUUGCUCCAAAACAAUUUAAUUCAUCGGCACAGAAUAAAGAGACAAAAUCGAAAAAUAUCGUUAUUGAUAUUACCUCUGAUACAAUUGUCAUACCUCCAGUGCAACCGAUUAUUCCAUCCGACAGUAUUUUUCAUCAAUCGAUUAUUGGAGAUCAAGAAGCAAAAUUCGACAAAUGGGUGAAAAAAUUGUAUCUGAUAAGACAAAAGGCUCAAGUUGAAAGUAUAUAAUAAAACAAAAAGUUCCUUAA